AUGCUUUUUGCCUGCUAUACCUCCGCCUCCUCCGAGCUGAUGUUUCUGGUCUCACACUGGCGGGUCGACGCACUGGGGGUCCUCAUGCUACUUGAUCGACUCUUCGCUCUGUUGUCGAGCUCUCCAGACGUUCAAUCGAUCGUCUGGCGCAACGAUGUCGCUCAAAUCUCUCCCUCCUUGGAGGAUGCGGGUGCUUCGGUGGGGACCGGUCCCGAAAUGGAGAAAUAUGCCCAGGAUUUCAUCGCCCAUCACCAUCAAGUUGCCUUGAAUACCGGCGGCUUGCCAUAUCGAGGAGACGAGAAGACCCCCCGAACAAUCCCUCACAGCACGGCAUCGUCUUCUCAGAGUCAAGCACCACUGCUUUGAUCGACGCGUGUAAGAAGCGCCAUAUCAGUGUCACAGCAGCAGUUCACGCGGCGCUCGCCAACACGGUCUUUUCCCUCGAUCCCGUCAAAGGGAGACCACAGUAUGCAGCAGUCAUGUCUGUCAAUAUCCGACCCUACCUUCCCGCUCCCUAUCACACCAAGUCACAUGCUUGUCAGACAUAUGUAGCUGGAAUGACACCCGCGGUAGAUCGGGAGAGUACCUUUGCAGAGAAGACGCAGACAUUAACUGAAUUUUAUCGCAAUGCUUACAGUAAUAAGUUCAUGCAGGCCUUGCGCUUGAUUUCAGGCACUCAUGUCAAGACCCUGUUCGCUCCCCGUCUGGCCGUUGACCCAGAAGUGCCCCCCCAAGCCACCCAGCAGCGUUUCUCUCAGCAGUCUGGGUAUCAUCGAAAAGCAACUUGCAGGUGAGUAUGGAGAUAGCACAGGGGUCAAAAUCAAGAUUACAAACUUCAAAUUCGGUGUCACAAUGAUGACGAGACAGCUGUUACUUUACCUGUGGACUUUUAAGGGGCAAUUGAAUCUGUCAGUGAACUACAACGACGCAUAUCAUGACACUGCAUCAGCGGAUGACUUUUUGGCGCGGAUAUGUCAAGUCCGCGAGCAAGAAUUGGGGUUGGAGCUUGUUCAUGGUCAUCAGUGUUGA